GAUGUUAUAAUUCAGUAAACAUUGUAAAAUUAAUUCUUUCUGGUGUAAAACAGUGGUGUGAUUAUAUUUUGAUCUUUUAAAAAUAAUGACUACAACCCUCGUAGCUGAAUGCUGAAAAUCGAUUAAUAAACAAUAUGUCUUUGAAGAAGGAAUCCCGCACCGACGUGCAGUUCCACCUCGCAGCGCUGAGGGGGGACUGCGACCGACUGCGACAACUCCUGGAUACAGGGAAAGUUCACAUUGACUCCAGAGAUAGGGACGGUACCACGCCCCUCAUACUGGCCGCAGCCAUGGGGCACACGGACUGCGUCAGGGAGCUGUUGGCACAGGGAGCCGACCCAGCCUGCUGCAGGACGACAGGAACGAGCGCCCUGUUCUUCGCGGCGCAGGGAGGCUUCCUCGACAUCGCGCGUCUGCUGCUGGACGCCGGCGCCGCCAUCGACGCGCCCAGCUCGGACGGCGGCACCCCGCUGUUCGUGGCGUGCCAGUGCGGACACCUGCCCGUCGUCGACGAGCUCAUCAGCCGCGGGGCCAACGUCAACUCCUGCAUGAAGGACAAAGCGACGCCGCUGUUCAUCGCCGCGCAGAACGGACACGACAACGUGUGCGCCGCACUCGUGCGCGGCGGCGCCGACCUCACCGCCGCGCGCUGCGACCGCGCCUCGCCGCUGUGGAUCGCCGCGCAGUGCGGGCACCACCGCGUCGCGCGCACGCUGCUGCGGGCCGGCGCGCACGUGGACCAGCUCAGGCAGGACGGCGCGACGCCGCUGUUCAAGGCUGCGCACAAGGGUCACGCCGCCGUGGUCGCCGAGCUGCUCAAGUACAACCCCGAGCUGGGCCUGCUACCCGUGAGUAUCUAUACAUUGCUGCUUGUGUGGCGCCGCCGACCCCCCGCUCAUGUCCCCGCGUGCGACAGAACGGGCAGUCAGCGCUGCACGGCGCGGCCAUGUUCGGCGCGCUGUCGUGCGUGCGUGUGCUGGCGCCGGCGGCGGACCGCUCGCUGCGCAACGCGGCGGGGCACACGGCGCUGCAGGCGGCGGCGGCGGCGCGGCGCCCGCGCGUGGUGGCCUACCUGCGCGCGCUCGACCAGCGGGACGACACGACCUACUCCACAGAACAAUAGUCGACGCCGAAUUACUUUACGUCCUAAUGUCACUUGGCGCUCGGCGCGCUAUCUUACACUUGCUCGUGCCAGUACUGGACCCAGCCGCGCGACUUGCCGCUAACGAAGGGUAAAUCUCCGUCGAUUCCAACAGAGUGGCCAACCGUAUGAGAUUCUCGUACAAACAGAAUAUAGUGUUUGAUAACGCAAUUAUGUACGAAAAUCUGACCUGGAAUUUUUUGUACAUAUUUUUGAUGCAGGUAUAUUACAGAUUAUACAAGUUUUUACCGUAUAAGCACAUCAGGCGUACUAACUAGACUUGCGCAUUCUCGUGUCGUAAACUCGAAUUCACUUUGCCCCCACACUUUCUUAGAACUGAAAAUGAUAAUUAAAGUGACGAAGUAAUUUAACUAUCAAACGUAUUUAUAGUAAAUCUUAUUUUAAUGAUUAUUUUUACCCCUAUGUCAAGCCAUUGCGUAGCCUUUCGGGUUCUUUCAAAAAAGCCACUGGAAAUGUCACUGUAAAUAGCCCCCAUUUUACUAAGACAGACUAUAUUUCGUAUUAUAAGAUUUGGCUUAAAGGUCUCACUACUAAGCUAAUAUUAAAAAAAUAAGAGUAAACUUUACGGUUGGCCACCCUGGUUCAAACUUCAAAUUAUGGCGAUCUUAUAUCCAAUUGUCAGAAUCUAAAUUUGAAUUAAGAAUGAUACUACAUAUUAUGUUACUUUAUAGAAAUCAAACUAUUUUUAUGCAACUUGUUUAGUAACCAGCAAUUGCUUAAAUAGCAGAAGUGAAUAAUUAAAAUUGCCCAGCGUUUACGAAAUCAGUGUCCCAUGGAAUAUAAAUGGUGUAACUCUUGUUUUACCGUUUUUGAGUUACGUUGUAAGAAUAAUUAAAUAAUUACAAGGUAGUUAAGUUUUAACCGUGAAAUCUCAUAUUAGAUCUAUGUUUUUACUUCGGUUUUAGUAGGCGUUUUUAUCAUUUUACAUUUAUUUAUUAUUAAGAAAACUCAUUAGAACAUGCUUUCAAAACUUGGUGCUGUGUAGUUUUAAGGUUCUUUUAUUUUUUGUUUGUUUUUGAAUGUAUUGAUACAUCAACACUCAUUAUUGAUUUAUCUCGCCAGUGUACAUAUUGUUUCCAAUGUAAAAAAAUAUUUGUGCUUGAUACUUAACAAAUCUUGCUUAUUUAUAGACAUUGUAUUAAUACACGCAAAAAUAAAAAGUAAUUUAUGAAAUUUAAACUAGUCAACUCUAUUUACGAUUAAAUUGUGUUUUUACAUUAUAUUAACAACAUCAAUAAUUUACUUAACAUAUAAACACUGGUUAAAUCACCAUGUUAACUUAGGUAUAUUGAUAUUAAGUAGAUUUCCAAGUACAAUUUUCAAAUGAGUAUGAAAUGAAACUUAAACAAUAGUAAAGCAACUGAAAAAGGGCUGACUUAUUUACAAUUGAAAAAAAUGUUAAAAUUUCCAAAUUUUGUAAUUAAAAUUAGCUUGUUUGUCUUUUAGACAUUAUUAUCAUGAUGUUUUUUAAUUAGAAUACUUCAUUUAAUGUUUAUUGUAAAACAUUUAAAUGAUGUUUGUUCAAGAUUUAUAUCGUGGAUAAGAAAUCUCCAAAGUGAACCAUCCCUUCAUCAUUCAUCAUUAUUGAACCUGCACUAUUGAUAAUGUUGGUGUAAUGAUAAUAAAAUAUUAGCCUAGUUUUUAUUAAUGCUCAAAAUGAAAGAUCAAAUGCUACUGAGCUUGAAGCAAGGCACUGUUUUAUACGUACGUACGUACACAAAUAAUUUUAUUCAAUUGAAUUCUAAAUGAAUUAAGAAUUCCUAACCAUUUUAGCCUGUAGAUGUAUAUUUUCAUACAAUCACAAGAAUCAUAAAGUGUAAAGUAAAAAACUAUUUUCAUGAGGACUUUAUGUGGUAAAAUUAUUUAAUGGAAAGGAAAUAAUAAAUUGUGUUCUGAGAGGAGUGUUAGGCGUCGACAAUUAGAUAUAUUCAGUAUUUUGUAAACGCUCUUUACUGUAACGGCAUCUACUUCAAUGUAUUUAUUUACUUUGUCAGAGGCUGCUUUCUAGUUGAAAGGUCAGUCUAAAUUUAUUUGAUUAGUACAACACUGAACAUAAACUAAUAGAUUUUCCACAUUUUUUUUAUAAAAGACACUAAUUUGAGGUUACUAUAUUCUGUUUAAUUCAAAGAAUUGUGAAAGUGGUUAUAUUUAUUGAAGGUUAAAUAUACGAGGGAUACUGUUCGGUAAUUAAGUAUUUGUUAAUUGUUGUUAUUGACGAAUAAAAUACUUUUCGAACAUAAAA